UUCUUCCCCACCUGGAACACCUCCUUUCCCUCACAGCCUGCACCUUUAGAACCAACUCCAACGUCACUCUACGCAGGAGCCCUGUCUGACCACCCUGGUCCUCACUAUACCUUCCCUCCUCUGAAAUGGGAUGUGUGUGACCUGGGCUUCACAAGUGAGUAUAUAAUUCUAUUUGUUCUAGAUUGUCGGCUCUUGCUUCAUGUGAAUUAGUCUUAUCUUGGAAACUAGAUUAAAUGGCUUGAGAGCAAGAAGGCAACAUGACUCAUAUGUCUUUGUACCCCUGACACUGCCCACCUUAGGGAUGAGCACAGACUGAGGGCUAACCAUGCCAGCUGGGUGGAGGACUGGAUGCUACAGGGAGGACCAAAUAGCCUCUUCAGAGAUGGUGAGCCCAAGGAUUUUUGGCUGUGACAGACCACGAUCACUAGGCCAAGAUCCUCUCAAGGAAAUGCCAGAAUCCUGGAGUAUUAGAGAAAUAUGACAAUAUCCACAGAGGUCAAGAAGGGAACAUAAACAUGUAAAUAAAUGCACAGAGUAUAGGAGUGAUGGGAUGCAGGGAGCAAUUAGAAAAUGUGCCCUGCUCAAAGACGUCAAAAAAUCCAGGUUAAAAAAAAAACACAACAACAAAAAAAUCUCCCUCAGGGAAACAGUAUACAUCCAGAGCAGAUGAGUAGAUCUAACCACGAUCAGCAACUAGUUUAUGACCUUGAGUCAGAAGUGGCCACUAACCCAUCUCUGCAGGUUGCCAUCACCAUGAACAGACAGAAUUCUCUAACACGGUAACAACAGCUCUAGAAAACUCUUAAAAACUCCUAAACUAAGUGAGUCUCAUUAGUGCCUCCAUGGAAGGCAGUGUUUACAAUCUCUUCUCACCACACAGACUUCCUCCACGUAUGUAAAUUUCAAGGUAGUGCCACCUUGGCCUUUCUCUGCCACAUCAGCCUUGGUCCCUUCACACACCUCUAAUUGCCCGUCGCCCACUGCCUGUAAUAAAAAGCUCUCCAUUUCCAAGCAUAACCAGACUCUGCCCUCCCUCAUCUCGUGUGUGCUUCUAGGACAUAUUUCCAGUAUGGGGGCAGCAGCUGGUGGAGGUUCCUCUGUCCCAGCCACUCGUCCUCAAAAGUGCCCUGUGUCCCUAAACACUGUUUUCUGCGGAUGGGUGACCAGACAGUUGUCGUGAAGGACAGAGCUGAGCCACCGGGCUGGUGUAGGGUGUGGAGAGUGAAGACAAAGUGGGAGCAGACACUGCCUGGGAGUGGGCACCUUUGGGCUGAGGCUCGGCAACCCUUACAGACAACCAGACACCCACACCUACAGACUGCAUCAACACAUAAGCUUCCUGAAGACAGGUCAAGACUCUGUCACUACACCUGCUUGUGAAACAGAAGGGCUCUGUGAUGCAGUCCGCUCACCUGGUUCCGUCUUCUGUGAGGCGUACCACUGGGAGUCAUCAGGUACCAGAACCCUGACUGCCUAGAGAGAAGGAUGGUUGAUCUCCUCAUGCUAAUGAGGUUUAGACCAUGUUGAGCCCUACUUUUGUUUAUGGCUCCAUCUUCAUUAUUACCCUAAUUAUCUGGCAAGUGAAAAGGAGUUAUGAUGGAUUAAGGUUGGAACCGAAAAGGAGCUGCUGCCAGCGUCACCGAAAAGCCAGGCAAAGGGCUAGAGAGGCAGCAUCAAGAGCCAGGAGAAUUUCCCAGGAGGAAGCUGAGAAGCCAUGGGAACUGCUCUCUGUCAUGAAAAGCCAGGGCUGGCUUCCUCGGGAGGGAAGUGUGCGGCGGCUCCUGUGUGCAGACACCUGCUGCCAAAUCUGCAAUGCCCUGGCUCUGGAGAUUCAGCAGAUGCUGGCGGGUGAGAACAGCCUGAUCUCUUCCACUUCAUCGAGGCCAUCGCAGGGUUCCUCUUGCCUAGAGAUGUUGUCCCUGUCUACUGUGUCUUUCGAGCAGAGUCUGCAGCAUCCUUCUCCACAAUCCAAAGAGCUUUCACUUCCAUCUGCAAUCCCCACAGUGUUGCAAUUAAUGGAUCAGAGAUCCUUAACACAGUCCGCUGCCCAGUCCGCUGGUGCAGUCAGCCUCCACCAUUACUGGGCUGAACACCUCCAGCGGGGGCAGGAAUUGCAAGUGCUAGAGAUGCCCAGGGGCCCAGUGAUAGAGUCUUCUUCAAGAUUUGAGGAGCCUGUGGUUCCAGGGUACCAGCAGAAGAUGAUGCAAAGCAACCCCAACCUUGUCUGUGGGAACAAAGGUCAGCCACCAGUGAAUUCUCAGGUUGCUCUGCUGACCCAGAACACAGAAAUCGCUACCCUGACACAUCCUGUGGGCUUGCAUAUGGUCAGUGUCCUCCCUGCCCACCUGCCAUUCCUCAAUCCUCAUGUCCUGAGGUUUCUAGAGGUACAUAUAAGAAAAUGGAUGCAUUUCCAGAGGUGGGGGCUCCCCCGACGAGUGGAGGAGUCCCUGAGGCACUUUAUGCCAAACCCACCAUUGUUUUACCAACCUGUAAGUGACCAAUCAGUUUCUUUCAUCCAGAGUGAUACUUCUCAGAUCUCUGUUGAGGAAUGUGGGACCAUUUCCUACCAGACCUGGGGUACAUGUAUGGCUGGCCAGCCCACCCAGGCCUUCUGGGUUUCUGAAUGGUCCAUUGUGGACCCAAAACAAAGACACCACUACCAGCAAAUCCCAAACCAUAUGACUCUAGCCUUGCCCUCUGCAGCCCUUAAGGACUUCAGUGGCCUCUAUCCACUUCCUGGGCCACAGGCUCAUGACGCAGUGGGCACUUCAGAGCAGAAAUACAGCCAGCUAUUCUGUGGCCUCCCUUCUCUGCACAGUGAGUCCCUGGUUGAUAUCUUCUUUGGCUCUCAAAGUCUCUCCAUAAAUGGAAACUUGUCCAAGCCUCCUUUGAAGGAUCCUUUUCUCUUCAAGGAGCUCUCCUUCCCUCCUCUGCCAUCUAAAAUUCCACCACACUCAGCCCCACCCUUUUCCCCAUCUUCCCCAAAUUGGGUCACUCCGUCUGACCACCAACAAGCUCAGAUCAAGGUCCCAUUUCUGACACUGGCCCAGUGUCAAGCCCUGGAGUGGAAUCUGCGGCAGAGGCAGCUCCAGCUUCAGUGGGGUUUGCCAGCAGUUUUCCAGAGAUCUCAGCACACUCAGAGCCCCGGGCAGUAUAAGCUCUGUGACAAAGCCCAGUCUCCUGAGACUGGGAAAACUUCUUCGCCAGGGAAGUCCAGCUCAGUCCUGACCAGAGAACUCCGCUUCUUCCCGGAGCAUGGCCGGAGGCUGCUGGGAUUCCACCUCCAGAGGCAGCUGAUUCACCAUCGCUGGGGCCUGCCCCAGAAGAUCCAGCAGUCCAUCCAGUUGUUCCUGUCCCCCACUGACCAGCAGACUCUGUCCUGGAACAGCACGGCCCAGGCCAAUGUGACUGUUCCCCAACCUACAGCCCUAGAGGUCAUAGGGGCUGGUGACCCAUUCUCACCCGUCACGGACCCAGUGUCAGGCCCUGUGCCACACUUCCUCAACCAGGCCAAGGCAAUACUGCAGAGUCACAUCAACUCCAAACGUGGGCAGAUUCACCAGGGCAAGGUCCCUGCCUGUGUCUACAGCUCGUGGGAAUGCAUCAUUCCCGGGGGCCUGGAAGGGGCUCCCUUCACCUGCAUCCCAGAAAGCAAGCCCCUCGAGGGACAGCCAGCCACUGACUCUGAUCUACAACAGGAAGUUACACCCUGGAUGCCAACAGCCCUCGAUCAGCAGCAACGAGCCUCUGCCGAUGCUGUCACUGAACAUCCUAAGCUGCCCCGGGCCCUGUCCAAGGGAGCCCUUGAGAAACUGGAGACGACUUUACGGCACAAGUAUCUGGCCUUCUUGUCAGGGCUGCCCACUCUCUAUUAUGUGGCUCUGUCCCGGGCCACGGCCCCAGCAAUCACUACUCAAGCUCUAACCCCAGAGAAGGUGCCUGGCCCUGUCGGAUUCCCCAAAGAACCUGUGACUCAGGUGACCUCAUCUGAAGAGCAGUGUCGAAGUCCUGGGCCAUGCUUUCAAGAUGCCAACAAGACUUGUGCAGACUCUGCAGAUGAGCUGCAGGCUGAAGUGCAGGUGGAAGGAAUGAUCGAGACCGUGCCUUUAGAAAGCCAGACAGAGCCCGCUAGCCCCUACUCACUCAAGAAACCCAUCUUGGCCAAACUAAACUUCCACCUGAGAAAGAAGAUCCUAGAGAUACAAUUGGGAAUUCCCAUAAGGGCAAAGGCGUCCAGGGAACAAACCGUAGCAAUCCCAGAGAACACAUCCACACAGGAGUCUCCUGGGAGUCUAAGCAAGCCAGGAAAAACACUGCUCCAGGAACUCCCCAGCAGACUAGACACUCUUCGUGCCCCAGAUCCAGCAUGGCUCCACUUUAGAGAACAGCUGGCCAGUGAGUUAAAGGCAUUGCAGCAGAGCCAGAAGCACCCUAGUUGCACAGCAGUGCCCCAUGGUUCUGCCCACUGGGCCUCCAAGAUCUCACAGCCCAGUGAGGAAGCGACAGAGGCCCAGGUGCUUUGUGUUCAGCUGGAGGCCAGUGUGAACCACCCCAGCCCAGUGCAGCCCUGGAGCCCUGAGCCCCACAGCCCUGGCAAGAGCAAGGACUCAGCCCAAGUCCCCAUGCUGGCAGGAAACAGAGAGGACCCAGGGAAACCCAAGUCAGCAGGGGACCUCGGAGAAGGGGAUGCGGGGUUUGGGCUCUCCUCAACAAGAGAAAACGGCCACCCUGCUGAAGCCCAGAGGCCAGAAGGCAUGCUUCUGCACAGGAUACCCGACAGCCCCUGGCGACCGAGACCAAGCUUUCACCUUGACGCUCCCUGUCCACACAGUCGCCAGCAUCGCCCUCAGCUUAAGCUCCUGGAGCUGCCUCCAGGAGUCGCUGGGGGGAAGCAACCCGAGAAGAAUGACCUGCCAAACAGUCAAACCAAGAUCAGUGUCAUCCUCAAACCAGCAGGGCUGCCUGAGCACACCCUGCCUGUGGUGCCCCAGGCAUCCCAGGCCCAGCCUUUCCUGGGCCAACUCAUUCAGGGUCAGCCACGGCAGGGCCAAACUUGGCCAGGUCAGGUUUUGCAGGGGCAGGUGAUGCCAGCCCAUCCUUAUAAGAGGCCCGGCCUUCCAGAAUCUGGCUUGAGAAAUAAGAUGAAAUCCUUUCUGCACUGGAUUAACCCCAAGACAAAAGGCAAAGGGCACAAGGAAUCUGUGUUCUCCACAGCUGAGAAAGUGGCCAGCACCACACAAAAUGUAGAAAAGAGCCUGGCUCCAGCCAAAAGUCCCACGGGGCGACCUAAGAAACCGAAGACAAGAGGGGACCCCAAGGCCCAAUCUCCCCCCACUGAGCAGCACGUGGGCCUGGCCUUCUUGGAUAACCCUCCUUCCUCAGAUGGUAGGCUCCAGCACUGCUCCCACUCCCACCAACUCCACUCUGCCUCAGUCCUGGGCCACCCCCGCCACUGCCCUCGCCACUGUCCUCGAGUGGCGUGUGCCCCCACCCAACCAGGGAACCCACCCUAACUCUCAACUGUCCCCUCAGAGGGAAACAUUGGCCUCCUCCUCAAGAAGCCCAGUGCAACCAACAGACUUUGUAGGCUCCCAACGCCUGCAUCCCUUGAAGAGGACUGAUACUGUCACUUUCCUUACUGUGCAGGUGCGGACGAGCACCACCCGAAAUACACUCCAUAAGUUAAGCAAAGAGUGGUCUGUCUGCGCCUUCUCUCCACCUGGGAGGGUUAAGGGAAGGCAUGGGGGAGGCUAAAAUGUCCUCCCUCUCUAGAGAAUGAGCUUAACCCACACUUAAGCUGGGUCAGCAUUCCACACAACUCCACCCAGCCCCACCCUGGACUGUGGGUAAAGGGACUCAAGCAGAGAAGGAAGCCCCUUGUCAAAGGUGCAUUGAACGUAAAGGUCAGGCUUGAAUUCUAUCGUGGUGUCCCAUGACAUCCUUGGACCCAGAGGAGCAAUGUGGACGUGAGGACAGUACCGACAAGAAGAAGCAGCCAAGAUUCACGCAGGCACAAUUCACUGAGGACUUCUGUGUAGGCCCACAAGCUGGAGGGAAGCUUUUAGAGGAGUGUCACAGUGUUCCACCCUUAAGGAGGUGCUUGGGGUUUAUCAAAAGUCCACAGCUAAUAUGACACAAUGUCAAAAGCAAAUGACCCAAUCUCCCCCUCUCUGCUCCCUGUUGGUUAGUGGUUAGAUCUUUCUGGAGAACUCAUCUGGGAGGCUGCUGUAGCUUUCUUGCCUAUAUCCCACCUCCACUGCCUAUCUGCUGCAUGGAAUGAGUGACACCUGGAAUGAAGAUCACAGUAGGACAUGGGGAAGGACUUGUGCCCCAUCCCACCCCCAAGAGUAGGCAGGGAGAGAAGCAGGGAGGAGGAGCAUGUAUAUGGAGGUCUGAGUACCUGGGACAGAACCUGACAGGUUCCUGACCAGGAUAUGAUAGAGGAGAAAAGCCAAUUUCCCUUGAACUCAAAAGAACCUAGCUCCAGGAAGCCAACCCAAGGUCCAAGUGCCUUAGGGGAUGGAGGUGAAUAAACUGAGUUUCUUGUUGCCCAUUGUAUAAUGAAGAGCAGAGAGUUGAGCCUUGUUGUCCAAAGGCAAUGAAAAUUAAUUCAAAAUUUCUGAACACUCACCCUCCACCCCACCCAACUGUUUCCCAAUGUCAGGGAAUGGUAUAACUAUAAAUCCAUGCUUUUGUUCAGCCCAAACAUGAAGUCAGUCACUGGGUUCUAAUCUUAAUAUCUCUCAACUUUGCCCCCUUUCUCCUAUUUUUACUGACUCUGCUUGUAUUCAGUUUCUCAUCCAUUCUUGCCUAAAUAAUUACAAUAGUGUCUCAUAUCCCCAGGGUUUAGGAUAGUGGCUGGUGCAUAGUAAUACCUUAAUAGUACUUCAAUCCAAAGUCUAGCCUGGGGAGACAGACACAUCAUCACACUAGUAUGAUGAGGGAGUGGAAUGGGGGAUCCUGCCACAGAAGGAAGUACACAGCUGAUGAGGACCCCAGAGGGUCACAAUAAAAACAAUCCUGGGGCCAGCCCUGUAGCUGAGUUGUUAAGUUCACUCGUUCCACUUUGGCGGCCCAGGUUUCACCAGUUUG